UCGUCGAGCGUAUUCGCGCGCGCGGGAAAUCGACCGCCGGCAUUUUCCGUGACGAAAAAUUACUUUUUAUUUUUUUAUUCCGCUGUAUUUUUUUCAACGUCGCGCUUGUAUAUCCGCUUCAUUAUGUCACAUUCAUUACUUAUUUAAUUUAAAAAUAAAGAAAGAAUACGGAAAAGAAAAUAUAAUCGAAAGGAAAAUAGGGCGAGUUUUCAAGGCGUGAUAUUUUGGUACCCGGGCAGAACGCCAGUGUUUAGAUUUGAUGUGCAGUGAUUAGAGAAUUGACGAUUUUAUAAAUACAAUUAUUAUAACAUUGGGUGAUAUUUGUGUACCUACCACCUCGAUCGUGCGUAAACCAUGUGAUUUGUUAACAUAAGUAAACGUUUAUUUAAGUAUUACUUGUGAACAAAUUAUGAAAUAAGACCCUACCACUUCGGAAUUUGUUUACCGGCAAUGUUGAGUGCGGCACCGCAGCCUUGAAUCUAGUUUUAUUGACUCAAGUUAACACCAAUAUGGUAACUAAGUGGCCAUGAGUGCAGCACAGUCGACACAAGGGGAGGGGCCCCUGGAACAAAACGCACCCCCCCAGAGCCCUGUCAGGAGGCCCGCGGGUCCCCCCAAGAAAUCCGUGGCCAUCCGAUUAUGGGAGCUCCUUCAGCCACUUGCAAGACUAUGGGGCCUUAUUACUGCCGUUGUAAUGAGCGGCGCCGGCUCGGAGCUGCUGGUCCUGGGAUACGACGUGGCACCAGUCCUGCUUGCCGGAGCAGCGUUCGUCCUGAUCCUCGAGACCAUGUGGGUGGCGGCCCUCUUCGUGGACCUCCUCUGCCGGCGAGGAGAGUACACAUUCUCGCUGCGCUGCUGGGACUUCUUCCGGUGGUCGUGCGGCCGCGCGCGCGCACCCUUCUACGCGUGUGUCGCCACCGCGCUGCUGUUCGCUAACAUCACGCUGCUGGCUUCUGUUGCCGGAGGCUUCUUAAUGGUGCUGGCGGCCCUGCGAGCAGCGGUACCGUUCUCUCCAUUCGCCACCCACGGUCCUCACUCCCCCCGCGCCGGCAGUUCACUGCUCAGCCAGUACGACUCACCCCUGCCCGAUGUGUUCUACAACGCGGCCCACACCGGGGAGGACAGAUCUGAAGAAAUGACAGUCCUGGAAGUGAAGACCCCCAAUAGAUCCCGUUCCACGACACCUCGACCACCUCUACUUGAACUAUGAAAUAGUUCGUAAAAUAUAGAAUUCUAAGGAAACUCAUGUAAUGUCAGAGACAAUAUUAAACUAGUAGAGAUCUCGGUUCAAAGUACUGGAGCGUUUUACAGACGAUUGGAUUCAAAACUACAUAAACUUGGCAAGUUUAUUUGUUUGUUUGGGACGUUAUUCUGGUUUAUUUUUAUUUUGUGUUUUCACUAACACAGCUCGCUCGACCAUUGUAGACGGCGAUACGGCGCACCUAUCACGUUGGUCUAACAGAAAGCUCGAGAUGUGGUGAGUUAAUCUUGCGGUGGAUGUACCUCUGACUACCCCAUUCGGAUAUAGUCGUGAGUUUAUGUUAAUUUCUUCAGUCGGGUAUGAUUAUUGAAAUUUAUUUACUGCUAAUGUAAAAUAGUGACGCGUUGAUGUCUUUUAUACGAAAAUCGUUGAUAACUUUGCAAUAUUUAAUUUGACGAUUUGUAAAAAUAGAUUAAAAAAUGUAAAAGGUGGGUUUUUGCAUCUGAAUAAUGUUUAUUUCUUUUAGUAUUAGAUGUAGGUACUUACUUUCUACUCAACGGAGUUACUCACUGAAUUUUAUUGUAAAAGGCUAAAGCCAAGCCGGUAUUAUUCAGAGGCUUCUGUAAGUCAGUUCCUAUAUUGACCAAAGAAAUCCUAUCCUGUGAUUGGUUGAAACUGACAACUCUUGUAAUAAGUAUAUUGAUAUGUCAGCCAAUUGUCUCUUUUAAAAAUAGACUUGACAAAUAUGUGAACAAUCAUGAACACAAGUGAAGUGAUAAGCACGCAUCAGCACAAAGUGCUGCCUGUGCUUCCAAUAAUAAUAAUAAACAUUUAGAUUAAACUGUCUUAAGGGGCCUCUACGUGUUGGCUUCGGCCCCACGCACGCCUUCCAAAAGUCCGGGCCUCCAUAGGCCCGAGAUAUGAAAAAAAAUAAAAUAAUAAUAAUUGUAGGAUAAACAGAAUCCGUGAUAGCAUAGCACUGUUCCGAUAACGCUUGACUAUCAUCGUAGGCUCUAAACCACAUUAUGAAACUCUAAUCUAAACCACUUACUAAAGAUAUAUAAUAUAACUAUAAAGAUAGAUGUAAAGGUGUCAAAAAACGUUUUCUUUUCUAUAUGAAUUUUAAUAAAGUUUUGUCACGUUUUACUAUGACGUCACAGGUUGCUUUUUCAUACAAAUUCCAUAGGAAUUUUGUGUUUUGAUGUUUAGUAAAAAGUCACUGAUUUGUCUAGUUGGAAACUACUCUAUUCGACCUUGUCAGUUUGAAUCCUAGUUUGGAUCAUGGAUAAGUGCUAUCAAAGGGUUAAUUGCUUUCUAAGAUUUAUACCCGGUUGAUGGCAAUAGGCUUGCCUCCUAUUAGGUGCUUCAACAUAGUUGGAGAGGAGUGGUUGUAUAUAAUAUACUAUACAGCUCUGCCUACCCCUCUGGGGAUACAGGGAUGACGACAUUAUGUUUCUUCAACAAUAUAAAGCGUUAUGUUAGACACAGCGAAAUAAAUAGCGAAAAGCCUAUUGCGAGUAAGCUGUCCCUCAGUUAUCGGUCAUUAACAGUGCCGUCUGUACAGUCAUGAGCAAUAUAAUGUACCCACUUUAGGACUCUGUCGCACUAACAUAUUUGACAUUUGGUGAGACUUACAGUUCAAUUUGCCAAAAAAGUUAAUGUGACAUGGUACCAAAGUGUAUAUUAAUGCUCGUGACCGUAUGUCACAGGAUAGGAAUCUAUCUGUCCAUGUAGAAACUGAGUUACCGUUCCAGUUCCGUGGGUAAUACAAUAAUGUAUGCUAUGAGCAUAUAUUUAGAUUUGUCUGUAACUUGGUGUCAGUUAUAUCUAUAGAAGCAAUGUAAUAACAGUUAUGGUAACAACAGGUUUUGCCUAGUUUAGAACCCUAAAGUCUUCGACCAAUAACCAUAAAGGCUUGCACCAAAAGCAGGAGCAGGUCAGAAGCAGCACGGAGGCAGCGUCAACGCCGGUUCGCGUUUGUUAUCAUAUUCAAUUCCCGUGCAAUAUUCUUCCACAAUGUUGUGUUUCUGUGAUUUGUCUUUGAAAUCAUAACAUAGCUUGGACGUUUUGCUACCGUAAUGAGCGUAAGGUGAAAAAAACUAUUUUAUGCCAUCACCAUGGGCAACUUUAUUGACUGUUCAUUGCCAUUCUAUUAUUACAGUUCUCGUAGAAACGAAACGGACAAGCCCCAUAUUUAGCCUAACGUAUAGAGUUUGUAAACUUUAGGUUUGUAUAGUUAGCCCGUGUAGAGUUAGAAGCUUGGCUCUACAUGAGAUCUGAUAACUUUUUGACAUUGUGAUCGACAUGAUAUUUUACAUGAAAAUGUUUUUGUUGGGAUAAACAAUACUUUUUUAUUUUUUGACACUGAUUCGAUGAUUUUUUCGUGUACUUAAAUCCAUCACGCACAUUGAACUGCGCUGCCACUGCGCAAGCCCUACGUUUCUUUGGUUUUGAUGUGACGCACUUCACAGUUUCUUGUAUAGCAAUAUGCGCUGCGCCGCCUGCCCGCUCUUUCACUGCUUUUGGUGUGUCGAAGCCUUAGGCUGGGUUUCCACUGAUGCGGAGAUGGGCGGAGAAGAGCGGAGAUGUGCGGAUUCCAAUCACAGUGUUCGAGAGAGCGAAAAACGAAGACGCUCUGUCACAGCUCCGCGUCAAUGGAAACGCAGUCUUAUGAGCGUAGCCUGGUGUACAAGGCAUGGGUAAAAUCGAUAUAGAUAGGUCGAACUUGUGAGGUAGGUAAGCAAUAGUCAUUAAAAAAAGAUAACAUUAAAAACAAUAAAAUUCGUCGUUCGACUAUAAGAGCAAGGCCACACGGUGUGUUAUGGGUAAGUUAUACCGUCGCAACGACGCCCGUUUAUUCUUAUUAAUCAUAAUGACCGAUGCCGUGGUACUCAUAUGAUGCCUCCUCUUCAAAAUCGGCGAUUACAGACAAGCUCGAUCGUGUAACACAUUAUACAAUUUACGAUAAGGUGCAAAAGUCCAAUCAGUUUCUUACAUAGUAAUAACGAUUCAAAGUGUAACUAUGUUACCUGUUGAAUAAAGAUAUUUUUGAAUUUGAAUUUGAAUUAACUGGUAACACUUAAGACCUCCUGGUUACAUGUCGUUGCUGUAAUAAACCAAAAACACUUACAAAAACAUAAAUUUUGUAAUUAUGACAACUAUUGGUUCAUAAUUUCACCACUGUUUACAAAUAAUUCGCUGGGCUCAGUGACUGCAUUUUUGCUCUUUGAUUGUACCUAAGAGACCCGACACUAGCUCGGCGUUCGGCAGCCGGCCAGCGCUGGCGUCGCGUAGACGCUCGCCCGACGACGACGCUCGAAAGACGCUAGUGUGGGGAGUCUCUAAGUAACAUGUUAUACUUCAAUCUACACGGCAUACUUGGCUCUAGGUACUUGCCGGUCAUCGUCUACGAACGGGCUUGAUCAUACUCGCCCGUUACCCUCUGUAAUCGUCGAUAGCGUAGAGCAGGCAUGAAAGUAGCGACGACAACGCAACGGAGCGAUAACGCCAGUGUGGCACCACUAUUAUAAUUUGAUCGGCAAAACUAGUCCGUAAUAAAAAAAAACAACAAUAAAGAUCUAGUCUAGUGCUAUUUAUUUAAUAGGUACUUUUGUAAUUUUAUACCUACGCGACAACUGUGAUAGCAUAGUUUGUAGUUAUGUGCAUACGUUUAGGUAUUUCGUAUAUAAUAGGAGCUAACAUCUACUCACUAGAAGUUAUAAUACGAGUAUAACAAGUGUACUACUUAAAGGUAAAUUUUUGGCUUUCCAGAAGUAUGUUCUAUAACACAAAUUAUGUUGUAAUUUGUUACAAUAAUGUUGUGCCUCGCAAUUGCAAAUUAGUAUUAUACAGUCAUUGUAUACAGGGAUACUUUUUAAUCAUUGUAAUUUGUGAUAGGUCCACGUGCCAAUUCUAAAUAUAAGCUUUUUUGUAAGGUCGCUUGUUAACACGUUUACUGUGUAACUGAAAGUUAGAUAUCAACCCCUCACGCGCUAUGCUAUUUUUCGGUAAACACAUUGGAACUUAU